AUGUCACCAACACUGCAGCUGCUGCUGCUGCUGCUCCUCCUCCUCACAUUUCUAGCCUCCACAGCCCUCUCCCACUUGCCUUCAUCCUCCGUCACUACCACCACCUCGCUCUCCAUCUCCGACUGGCAGUCCGCACGCGCCACCUACUACGCCGCUUCGGACCCCCGCGACGCCGUCGGCGGCGCCUGCGGCUACGGAGAUUUGGUGAAGGCCGGCUACGGCAUGGCAACGGUGGGGCUGAGCGAGCCUCUGUUCGAGCGCGGCCAGAUCUGCGGCGCGUGCUUCGAGCUCCGCUGCGUCGACGACAUGCGCUGGUGCAUUCCGGGCACCUCCAUCAUCGUCACCGCCACCAACUUCUGCGCCCCUAACUACGGCUUCACCGCCGACGGUGGGGGCCACUGCAACCCUCCCAACAAGCACCUGGUUCUCCCCAUCGAGGCCUUCGAGAAGAUCGCCAUUUGGAAAGCUGGCAAUAUGCCCGUCCAGUAUCGCAGGAUCAAGUGUAGAAAGGAAGGAGGAGUUCGUUUCACCAUAGAUGGUUCUAGUAUCUUUAUCUCAGUGCUGAUCACCAAUGUCGCUGGUGUUGGAGACAUAGUUUCUGUGAAGAUCAAAGGUUCAAGAACAGGUUGGCUUCCAAUGGGACGAAAUUGGGGCCAAAACUGGCAUGUCAGUGCUGAUCUAAAAAACCAACCUCUUUCUUUCGAGGUCACUAGCAGCGAUGGGCUCACAGUUACAUCUUACAACGUAGCUCCCAAGGCUUGGAACUUUGGACAGACAUUUGAAGGGAAGCAGUUCCUGUGA